AUUUCCUCUUGGCUCUCUCUAUCUAUUUUCAAUAUAUUUUCCUUCCAGCAACUCAUAACAGGUUAAAAGAAAAUUUUGACUCAGAUUGUUCUUAAAUUUUUAAUUAAAAGAAAUGAGCAAUUGUCCAGGUUUAUACCAGGAUAUUGGCAAAAAGGCCAGAGAUCUUCUCUACAGAGAUUACGCUCAUCAACCAAAAACUCAUUUUCAUUACCGGAACAUCAAGUGGAAUUUUGAUCUCUCAUGUGAAACACCGGAAAUUUUGCCUGGAGUCACAACAUUUUUCAGAUUCACAAUUCCUGAUUCUUGUAAGGUGGAACUCAGAUUCUUGGGUGACUAUUUCGGGAUCGCUGCAGGCGUUGAAAUGCAGGCAUGUGAACAGGGACCCUUUAGAGGAAAGGGAUAUAACCCAUUUGUAAAUUUAUCAGGUUUAGCAGGAAACACUUUUUUCUCUCUUGGGACUGACAUUUCCUUCAAUGUAGCAACAAGGAAUUUUGAUGAAUUCAGUGCUGGUUUGAGCUUCAACAGUCCCUUCCUUAUUUCUGCCUUGAACUUGGAUGACAAACUUGAUGCUGUAAAAGCUUCCUGUCACUAUACGUUCAAUCCCCUUACCACGACUGCCAUUGCAGCUGAAUUGAAUCAUAAUUUUUCAGAAAAUGGAGCAACCACAGUUACAGUUGGCGCACAACAUUCCUUUUUUCCAUUUACAUUGAUGAAGGUUCGUGUGAACAAUGAAGCCAAAAUUGGUGGGCUAAUUCGGAUGGAACUGUGGGAAAAGCUCCUAGUAGCCGCAACAGGGGAGUUGGAUUUCAGGGCUGCAAACAAAAUUUCUAAGAUUGGAAUGUCCAUAAAUUUCAAUCUCUAGAGCGGCUUCGCUUGAGAAUAAAUACUGUUAUUUUGAGUUUAUAUGACAGCCUCCAUUCCAUCAAGAUUUA